AUGGCGUUUCUGUACAUUCAUUUUGUCCUGACUGUAUUCCGUUUACUUUCUUCUCCGCAGGGCGAGGCUGAGAUCCCAUCAGUGGCCGUCACAAAGUCUCCCAAAGGAACCGGCCUGGAUGGAGUGGAGGUCGAACCCGACAUCUACGACGUCCCCGCCGACCUCUCCUCGGAUGAAGAGUACCUGAGCGUUGACGAGGCCGACCCCUCCAGAGCCACCCGCAUGAAACAAUCCAUGGUGAAGAGCAGCGAGACCCUGAAGGCCGCUUUCUCCAAGGAGAACAUGAGCAAAACCAGAGGAAACCUGGGCACCAAGUUCCACAACCUGGGGGAGAAGGUGAUGCCUCACGAGCGUCGGGACAAGAUGCAUCAGGCCGGCGAACGCCUGAAACAGUCCGGAGAGCGUCUGAAGGACAACAUCGCCAAGAAAGCGCCGAGCAGAGAGACCUUUCGCAUCAAACUGAAGAAGGAGAGGGCGGUGGCUGAAGGGCAGGAAGGCGCCGAGGCUGAAACCGAAGGCGAAACAGAAGCAGAGGCCGAAGCUAAAGUCCCAGCGGAGGAGAAACCAGUUGCCUACACUGAAGUUGCGAUGGAAACCAAGAGAGAAGGUCCGGUGGAAGAAGCAGGCGCGACCCGGAUACCAGAGGACGAAUACACAAAGUAAGAUGGAAUUGGAAAAGGAGGCGGGCAAAUCGGGGGAACCUCGAAACGUUGAGGAUUUAGAGAGAAGGUCUGCGAUUGGUCGACAUCCACGAUGAUGGACACUCUUAUCUGCAAGAAUGUAUUAAAGACGAAAGAAAACUCUUGAAGUGGGCUUUUCGGGACUCAUCCGAACGCGAACUGGUCAUUUAUCAAAGUGUCAGGGUGUGGAAUUAUAUGAUUCAAACAGCGUGACAUGAAUGUAAGAAUCUUUAUUUCAAAUGAUGAAAAUCAGGUUUCAAGUUUGUUUGGUUAAUUUGUGGAGUCUACAUUUGUGGGAUUAUAAGCAGUGAUUAGCACUGGACGCCUGGAAGGUAAAGAAAUGGUUGAUUGAGGACGAUGAAUGUUGAUCUGGAGUUCGGGUACUGAUCUUUUAUCUGGAUGUACAUAUAAUGUUGUACAUACUGCCAAACAUUUGGGAGGUGAAAUUCGGUCGUUGCGGGCCUCAGCUGGUCUCUGAGACGCCCGCUGAGGAGAUAAAAUAACGGAUAAUGGAUUUAAACGUCAGACUGGUUUCUGUAUGCAAAAUAGUGGGAAGUUUAGAGGCGCUUGAAAGCAGCAUCAGCGAUCGCUUGGAUAGACGCUAAAGCUGCACAUGGGAAAGGUUUGGGACUUCAUUACCCAGAGUUCAUUGCACCCGGGAUAAACCGAGUGAAAUGUUCAGGGGCAGGAAGUUGAGUAAAUUAUGGCUACCAAGUUAACAUUCAAUUACAGUGUAGUCACCUUAAUAAUAGUUCAACUAAAUUAUAAUUGUGUUUGUUGGGAGCGUCAGAUCUGUCCCAAGAUUUUAAAAGAAAUAUACGAAAUGCAAUGGUAAUUUCGUUAACAAAUGAUAACGUUGUCACCAAAGUACGGUGGCCCUGAGGAUCCAAAGUGCAUUUUAAAAUGACAGUAAAAUAUUUCAUAAAACACAACUUCGUACAUGUUGUGUUUUGACCUUCAGGGCCACCGUACCAACGUCAUUACACGACGAGCCGAUAUCAACUUGCGAUAUUGUUGAUGAAAAAAACACUCAAAAAGAACCUCAAAUCUGUCUUUUGAUGUGUUUUUAAAUAUCGUAAACAAGUUUCCUCUGAGAAAGGGCUGCACCAAAUGGAAAUAUUCAACAUUACAUUUUACACCAUUCAUUUAGGGGACACUUUUAUCCAAAGCUUAUUUCAAAAAGUGAAAUUAACCACGUCUGUUGCGAUACAUUAUAAACACAUUUCCCCAAAGGGUUUUGGAUCUCCUUUGGAAUUCAAAUACAACUUUGAGGCUUUGAUUUAAGCUAAAAAACAGUUGUAUUGAGCAACAGCAGCAGCGGAUAAAACAAAUAAAACUUAGCAUGAACUUAACAGUAACACAGUCCCUUAUAAAGAUCGUGGACGUCAGACUGUAAUUACUCUUGUGAAAGUGGAUGUAGUGGCUUUAACGCUUUUUGCUGAUAUUCGACGUAUGAAUGUUGUAUUUCGUCCGGCUUUGCUGCUUGAUAUAUAUUUUAUUUUGAGGUUUAGUGGCUGGCUGUAUUCUCCUGGAGUGAUUAUUAGAGGAGACUUUUUCUGUAGAAGCUUAUCUCACGUAGUGCUGUUGAUAUAUAUUAGCACAGUGUCUUAUUCUGAACGCACUUCCUGUAUAGCUUUCAUUUCACGACUUGCUGUAUUUAUGUUCCUGGUGAGUGAAACUGUACUGGUGGAACAUUUCAUGAAGUAGAUUAAUAGUAUUUGGGUUUAAACAAGGUUUCAUCCGUUGCAUUUGUUUCUCUUUUUUCAUUUUUAAUUACAGCUCAGUUUCCAUUUUGUGUUUUGUUGUCAUUUUUACAAUCAUCUCGAUCCAGUUUGAAUGCUUUACAAUGAGAAUCAGCUGAUUGGGAGCUGUUGUUUUGGCCUGUACGCUAUACUGUAUAAGCAACACCUGACAUUAAUCAUUUUGUUUUUGUAUAAAUAAAGACUCAUGAAACCUC